CCAAGAAAACACAAGUAAGAACACACCCGAUCAUCAGCACGUCAAAGAAGCGGGGUGCCAGUCUACUAUGAAACGUUUGUUCGUAACAAGGGAGAAGCAUCGUUCAGGUGAAAGUGGGGUUGGUAUGAAGCUUGUGGGAGGAAAAUUGACACCCAGCGGCGAGACUGGAGCAUUUGUCGGAAAAAUUUACAAGGGAGGAGUGAUAGAUCUACUGGGGCAACUUAAAGAAGGUGACGAAAUUGUUGAAUGGAAUGGCACUUGCUUACGUGGCAAAACAUACGAGGAAGUCCAGAAAAUUUUGAGCGAAUCUACUCAAGAGAUUGAAAUAUUAGCUGACUGCGGUCCCAAGACGCCGCCUGUUUCGACUUCGCCAGCCAAAGCCAGCGCCGCGCCGAAGCUGGACCGCUCGUCGAGCGGUAGCCCGCAGGUGACAUGUGGGUCGCGAGGUCGCAGGUCACUGCCCAGGGUUCCGGGGGAGACGGCGGAGGGUGGGCCGGCGAGGCGCAGCAGGAGCGUCAGGAAGACCGACACAGUCUACGACACCAAUGGCAACCCCGUCGAAGCGAAGCUGAGCCGAGCUGGCAACCCCGUCGAGGCGAAGCUGAGCCGAGCUGGCAACGGCACCCUCGACGAGGACGACGAUCGCCGCGAGAACAACUCCAGCAUCGACCCGAUGGACAGCGUAAGCAACUUGCGGCCG